UCCCGUACGAGUAGAGCGUCUUAUUAUUAGAUAUUAGCCAUCUUACUUAGCAUUACGAGUUAGCUACAAUAUAACUAACCGUAACUAGCCAUUUAACUAAUCAUACCGAGUGCCAAUGCAAUAAUAGUGAUAACAUAGGGAGGGAAUGGGCUGAGUGCAAGGAAUAGUAGACAUGGCUUUGUCUUCAACCCCCAACACUCGUUCGACAUGCGAAAAGCAUUCCACAAGGACAACCACAGGGUCCCCUUGGGGAUCAUGCUGUUGACCGUCUUUGUUUUUCUCUUCCACUUCCGGUUCCGUCAACCGGGCCCGCUGGACGAGACGAAGUUCGUGCCGGAGAAGCUGGCCGUCGAGGACGACAAUGUGGAUGCACCUGUUGACUACGGCGUUCACCAUGCUGUUGUUUCUUCUGCUGGCGUCUCUUCUGCUGGCGUCUCUUCUGCUGGCGUCUCCUCUGCUGGCGUUUCUUCUGCUGCCCCCCCCGCUGUCCCCUCUUCCGUUCCGACAGUUCCUGUCGAGGAGCAGGAAGAAAGCCUAACCACCGACGAUGUCGUCCUCAUGCUCAAAACCGGAGCCACAGUCUUAUGGAAAAGACUCCCCAUCCACCUAGCCACCAGCCUGUCUCGCGAUCGUAUCGACCCAAAGAACGUCCUCAUCUACUCCGACUACCCGGAGCGCAUCGGAUCGUGGGAGAUCAUCGACGUGCUAGCCAACGCCUCCGAGAGCGCGCGGCAAUCCGACACCUUCCAAGCCUACCUCCAGCUGGAAGACUAUGAGUCCCGCCAGAACUACGCGGAAAUAUCCAACAUGCCCGGCGAUGCCGCGGGGCCGCCGGGCGGCUGGAAGCUGGACAAACACAAAUUCCUCCCGAUCAUCCAGCACGCCGGGCGAAACAGACCCCGUGCCAAAUGGUACAUCUUCAUGGAGGAUGACUCGUACAUCUUCCUUUGCAAUCUUGUCCACCACCUGGGCCGGUUCAACUAUACCGACCCCUGGUACCUAGGCAGUCUGGCGUGGAUCCAUGGCGACUACUUCGCACAUGGGGGGUCCGGGUUCGCGCUCUCCCGCGCAGCCUGGGAGCAGAGCUUCGGACGCGACCCCGACAUCGUGGAGAGGUUUGAGUCCUUCACCAGGGAACACGGGUGCGGCGAUCAUAUUCUUGGCCAUGUGUUGCGCGAAUACGGCGUUGAGUUUGGCGAGACGCACGGCGAUAGUCGGUUUACCUACGGCUUCAACCCGGAGCCGCACUGGUCGACGUGGUAUGAACGGGCCAAUUGGUGUAAGCCGGUAUACAGCUGGCAUCAUACGCAUAGCAAGGAUGUCGCGAGGCUGUAUCACCUGGAGCGAUCCUGGGACACUCAGAGAGGUCCCCUGAGGUACCGCGAUAUCUUCCACGAACUCGUCGCUCCGUUCCUUCGUCCUCGCGCCGAGUGGUGGGACAACGGGUCAUCCAAGCAUGAAGUCCGAUCCAACAACGCCGCCGGCGUGCAGCCGCCGAGUUCAGUCGACUCCCCCGAGGUAUGGCGCAACGCCUGGAAGUCCGUCGAUGCCUGCGAAGCCGCGUGUGUGGCCUGGGGGGAAUGCGUGCAGUGGAGCUUCUACGAGGACCGGUGCAAGAUGGACAGCAAGGUUCUGCUUGGAAGCGGGAUUCCAGAGGGCGACUCACGGCGACAGACGUCUUUGCCUUGGACCAGCGGCUGGUUUAAGAGCAGAGUCGAGGGCUGGACUUGUCCGGAAUAA